AUGUUCACCACAAACCCAACGGCCGCUGAAUCGGCUGCUGCGGCGCGAAGGAGGACGAGGCCAAUCUCGAGGCCAGAUUCAAGAAACACACAGAACAAUGAAAGACCUACCAGCAACGCGUCAAUGAACAGGAGUGUCAGGGAGAGCAGCAUAAUAUCUCAGCGGGGAGAUACCUCUCUCGGAAAGGCAAUGACGCUGAAUGCAAUGAGGGGAGAGAGCGGCGGGAAAGAUUCGGACGGUGGUGUUGUCAUUUGGACAAAAAACGAGAAAUACAGUGUCUCCAAACUACCAGCUCUUCCAUCAAUCCUAAAAACAUGCACAGUAAACGACUCCCCCAUAACAGCCACCACCGACUCGACCAACGGCCAUGCUCUCCUCCUUUCCCACACUGACGCCUACGUCUGGCAAUACACUACGACCCACACAAUCCCGCACACGCUCUCGUUCCCCCUUCCGCGCGAUGAGUCGCCCUCCCCUCACAACCCCUUCCCUCUCGGCGCCCUUGUCUCCCCCUCCGCAAACAGUACUGAGCCCGGUCUUGUUGUUGUCAUGCCCAUGUCCGGCCGAAUUGCCUACUGGGACAGCGUCGGCUCCGCUGUUGCCGAAGGCCUCUUCACCAAGAAACGUGGCGUCGAAGGAAAGGUCUCCCUCGUCUCCGGGGAAAGCGUAACAGCUAUCUGUAACGCCGAACCGGCGGGUUUUCUUCUGUCGCUCAGCUCUGGCCGCCUCGCCCAUCUGGCGCUCAGAGACUUGGCAGGCCGCCCCGGCAUCUCAGUGACCAUCAUGAGGGGCUACGGCACCGGAAUGAUGGGCGGUUUCCUCGGGGCGUUGCGCGCCGGCUCAAGCAGACGUGACAUCGUCGCUGUGCGCGCCGGGAAGGUCCUCCGGAUGGGAGAACGGGAGAUUGUAGUUGCCACUGCACGCGGCAAUUUCUCUCGAUGGCAGGUCAACCGCAGCGGCACCUACGCCAACAUCGCAGACGUAGAUCUACGGGAGGAGAUGAUUGCCGCAAUCCAAAGUAAUGUUACGGCGCAAGAGUUCGCCAGGCGCAGCAGGGACCAGUUCGUAGUUGUUGACGCGACGGUGUUGGAGGAGCCAACCCUGCAGACGAGUGCCGAGGAUAUCCAGAUGCUUGUUCUGGCAAGUUUUAUGCCGAGCAUGACGAUCCCCAGCGCACUGUAUGCGCUGGUUUCGAUCACAUUCCAUGCGUCAGGAAAGACCUCGGUCGGCCAUGUCCAUGUCGUGAAGACGUACACGACGCCGCUAGAGGAGGGCCGCGCACGGCCGAGAUUGUAUUUGCCGAAACCGUGUAAAACCGCAUUUUUGGUCUUCUCAAGGGCUGUGGUUCUGGUGUCCAAUUACAGGCCGAGGGCGCAGCAGAAUGAGAACGAUUCCAUGAUGGAGGAGGAGGGCUCAGAUUACCAGGGAGAGGCAUUCGAGGAUGUAGUGGACUUUAGAGGAAACUUGAAUGUCGAGACAGUGGGUAGUGGCAUGGAGGAUGUCAUGUAUGAUGCUAUCCCGCGAAUGGAUAUGAAUGGGAGCUAUAUGCAGGACAGCUUCUUGAGCAUGAGCGGACUCUCUACCACGGGGAAGAAAGUCCGGAAUCCUGGUAUUAUGCUGAUUGCCAAGGGCGCCGGCGUUGUGCGUAUUGAGACAUUUGACCUCGAGCCGGUCAAGAAGGUCUCGAAGGAGCCUGUUAAGGUCAAAAGCAAGAUCGAACAAGCUGUGUUCUAUGGCGUCAAGGAAGACAAUCCUCUCAACUUCCAGGGCCGCAAGGAAGUAAGCUACCCCAUCGAAGAGAUCGAGGUGGCCGCUCUGGAGAUCAGCGCCGAGAUCCUUUCCUCAACAUCCGAGUACCUUCCUGUACUCCUCCCCUCUCUUGAGAACCACCUCUUACUGCGUGCGACCCACCUUCGUGCCCUCGCUGAGCACCUCCGUGCCACAUUCCCCCCACUAUCCCGCGAGACUAUGUGGCGUCUCCUCUGCGAUGCUGAGAAAUGUGAAGCCGCGCGCGCAGUCUGGGCUGUAAGGGACGCACGCUUGCGACAAAACCCAGACGCAGGUGAAGGCGUCCUCGAGGCCGUCCUAGCGGAUAUGAUGGAAACUGAUGCUGACGAUACUACCGGGCACGAUCCGACCCGAACGUGGUUCCAGCGCUUCGUGGGAAGCAUCGAUCAGCUACUGACAUAUGCGAAGAAUAUAAUCAUUGAUGACAGUAAGAAGGGCCGUAUGGACCAGCUCUGUUUCGGGAAGCGAGAUUCCGAAGCGAAUGACAUCGUCCUGGGUGCACUGAUUUCCGCGUGGAAGUUUCGGGUGCACUCUGCAAAACUAUAUGGUAUGGAGGGUCUCGUCGAUGUGAACGGGAUCUUGAAACAGAUCAAGGGACUCACGCCGCCAUGGACUAGCGACCCGAAUAUUCUGCAGGCGUUGAGCGUACAGUACGAAGUGUCGAGUGGAAUAUUAAAGACACUCUGGGGUGAAAGACAGAACGUAAAUGAGGAGUUCCCAGAAACCAUUGAGCGACUAGCGGGACAAUUGGUGGGGCUAGCAGAGGAGCGCUACUUCGACGCCAGAGGGAGAUGGAUCAAGCCCCUGGUAGAUUUCGGCCGCCCGGAGAAGGCGUACAAGCUGGCCGAAAAGUGGCAGGAUUAUCGCACCCUCGUGGAGCUCUGUUCGGAGGAGCUCCUGGAAAACGAUGCCGCCAUGGCGGAGCUUGGAAAGGUUCCUGCCUCUACUGCAGAGAACAAAGCUGCGUUGCUGGACCUCCAGAGGAGUAAGCAGCAGGCUCUCAAUAGGCUUGAGAAGUAUUUUGAGGAGUUUGGCUCGUCGUUUGCGCGGGAGAUGUACGGAUACCUUGUUGAGAAGGAACAGUUACAGACACUCAUGGACGGCUUCGAGACUUGGCAUGAGACCUAUCUUACCGAAUUCCUCAGGGGUGAUAGGAAGUAUGCCAAACUGGAGUGGAUCCAUGAUGUCUCAAUGGUUGCGAUGGAUCAAGAGGAAGAUCUGUGGAACAAGAAGGUUGAGCUUUCUAUUGGGAAGUUGGCCAAACUUGCUGCUAUCAGCCAAGGGGGCGUAGACAGUAGUAAUCCAGCAGAUGAUAUCAGAUAUAUCGACGCGGAUCUGGAGCUCGUAGCUAUCCAAGAAAAGAUAUAUGAGAGUGUAAAACACCAUAAAGAUCAGAUCGAUACAGAAAGGGCAGUUCAGGACGGACUAGAAACAUAUGCCCCAAACCUAGCAAAAAAACGACCAGGGUGCCGAGAAUUAUGGAAGCGGGCCUUUGGACGAGCAGUUGAGGGCAAGGUUAUUGGUGUAGAAGAGAUCGGUGAUCUGUUGACACUGGUGGAUGAUUGCGGUGAUUCUGGGCUUGUUGGGUCAGGGAGCGCCGGUGAGGAGUUUUACUGGGCUUUGAAGGUUCUCUCUAUAGUUGGUGGUUUGAGCCACGAACGUAGAAAGCUUGCGGAGAGGACAAUCUGGAGGAGGUGCUACUUGAGGGACGACUGGGCGACAAUCGUAAGCACAAAAGGGAGGAGCGAUAGUCAAGUUGAAAGUGCGACUUAUGACACAGCACUAUUUACUACCAUCAAGUUAGGAUAUGAGAAAGGUCUUUUCAACGAGCGAUCUCCCUUUCAGCCCCUAGAUCCUGUACAAACAUACUGUAAUCUUGAUAAUCCACUCGACGAGCUAAAGAUCCGCUUCACUCAUGCCGAUGAAUCAGAGCUCGGAACCCUUGCCCACGAAUAUAUCGCAGAGACCAGACAACUCCAGAAGUUUGUCAACCACGCUCAACUGGGUACAUGGUUCCUUGGCGUGUGCGAUAGCGCCAAGCGGGCUGCGAUGGAAGAUGUUAGAAAUCCAGAGAGCAGCCUGGAAGAGGACACCUACGAGAUUGAGGAAAGUUACGUUGAGGAAAGCUACGUCGAAGAAAUCUAUAUGGAAGAUGGUGCUCACGGUGAGGGAAGUUACGUCCAGGAUAGUUAUGUUGAGGCGAAUUAUGAUGAGGGGGACACGGAAAUGGAGGGAUAG